GUGUGAGGGCUGGAGGUGACCAGGUCGAGCUCAACAAGGCCUGAACCUAAUUCUGCUCGUUUGUCUUCAUAUUUGGGAUUUCACUUUAAUCGUACAUUGUAGAUGCAAGGGGUACAUAUAUAUAUGAUACUUGAACAUUGGAGAAUUUGAAGGUUAAUAAUGGCUGGAGGCUUCAGAUACAAGAUAUGGGACCCACCACUCAUUGUAUCACAGAUAAUUACUAUGCAGGCAGUGUACUAUGUUGGGCUUGGUAUGUGGAUAGCCAUGCUGGAUCUUUUUACUGGCCAUCAUAGAUCACUGGACAGCAUCUUCAAGUACCAGGAGAUCCAGAUAAAGGAAGUUCAUGGGCGUGCUAUAAUGGCUGCAUUUAUCCUUAAUGCUCUCACGGGGUCACUAGGAUUAUGGAAGGUCGUUCAACGUACAAAGCAGUGUCUAGAUUUCACAAUAACUGCUCAUUUUCUUCACUUGGUGGCAAGCUGGUUAUAUAAUGGCCAUCUUCCUUCUCAGCCCUCUGUUUGGCUACUGAAUCUCGUCACCAUCACAUUAAUGUGCGUUCUUGGUGAAUACUUGUGUAUGAGAACUGAAAUGCAGCACAUUCCAGUAAUGAGUUCCAAGGUAGAUUUGUAAAAUUAAUAAUAUGACAUAAUAAUGGUAUUCCAACCUAAAGUGAUAUCUUACGUUAUAUGAUGUGAAAGCAUUCUCGGUUCAGAUUACAUGUUUAAAUAUUUUUCAUAUUUAUGAAAAAUGCAUGAGUGCUUUUCCAUUUUAUCAUCAGUUACUCUAAUGAACAUAUAACUUACACAUAUUACUAGCUUGUGAUAUUUUUGUAAACAAAAAGAUUAUUGAUAACAUAUUAACACUUUCAUGCUCCGUUAAUACGUAAAUACGCCAUCAAAUUGCUAUUCAUAAACAUUUGUAUAUUCAUCACUGUCACACAUAGUCUAUUACAAAUACUGUACUUUUGUUUUUGCUUCUGUUCUCUAGAAAAUUAAUUUAUGAACAUUUCGACACCAAAUUUAUAGUUAGAACUCAACAAAUAACUUAGAAGAGAUAAAAUGAUUGUAAAAAAAUAUUACAUCUCUGAGCGGUCCAGAUAGCCCGGAAUGUUUACAAUCGGGAACGUGUGGAGAGGCUAGACUGCCAAAGUGUUAAUUGGUUGGUGAUAUGAAUAAUAGGCUAUACCGGGUACGUAGUACUUUUAUUAUCUUAAUAUGGAACUAUAAAAAUAUCUACAGACAUUGUCUUAUAAUACUGUAACAAGGUUAGUGUAAACGCUUCAGCAUGGUAAUAAUUUUAUUUACAUAAAAUAGUGGGAAAUGUGAAUUUAUAUUUAUAUUUUUUAUGGAGACAUUAGAAUCUUGAAUGCAUAUGAUAGUCAGUCUCUCUCUAUAUGGUAUGUAAUGAUUUAGUACUAUCAAAUACUGUCAUUAUUAUUUGUAUUUAUUUUUUUUAAUUUGUAAAUAUGGUGCUGUAGUUGCAUUUGAAUAUGAAUUGUCUAUGUAUGGUUGCAGAUUAGGAUUUUGAAAAUAUAUCGAUUUAUUCUGUCAAUUGUCAAGCAGUACAGAUGGAAAUAAAGUUGUCAAUACAUACUGUAAUACAAAGUAAGUCAAGACUAGAAAGUAAGUUUGAUUGUAGUCAAUUGAAGGAACGUUGUUAAAACUAAAUAUAAUUCGUGAAAAUUUGACACUUGUCUAUUCAAAAAUAAAUAAAUAAAAUGAAAGGUACACUGUUAAAGUAAACAAAAAUUAUAUAUGGUGUCAAAUCUUACCGAGUUUUUCAUUGUAUGAUUGAAAAUUUUGAAAGAAACUUUUUUUUUUUUUUAUGGUCCAACUACCAUAUGCCAAUGCAUUGGCUUUAUCCAUAUUGACUAUGCGUCUCAGAUUCAAAGUUCAGCAUUUGGUUUUGUAAUAUGAUUAGAAUUGCACUUCUUUGUCAGGUUGUGUAAGAAAGACUGGAUGAAACGUUGCAGAACUAGUCUUGGUGCAGCUCAGCAUUUCUAUUGUUUGUAGUUUAUCCAUAUGUUAGCAACACAGAAUUAAUGCUAUGUAUACCAAAGUUUAGCAAUAAAAGAUGUUCAUACUCUAAGCAUGCAUAAUAUCAAUGAGUAAAUGAAGGUGUGCAUGAUAUGUACGUAUGUAUUUAGUGAAUCGGGACACAUUUUGCCGAGUUUGAGAAAAAAAUUUAUUUUUUUUACACAAAAAUUUUAACAUAUAUAUUUCUUUAUUUUUUAAACUUCCCAGUUCCUACAUGUUUUGGAGUGCCCAUAGAAUGUGUGUUGUAUGUUAAGGCAUUACAUGAAUUAAUAUUUUGCAAUGGUUUUUGGUUAAAUUAUUUUUCAUUAGCAAAGUUAUAUACAUUACAUGCUUCCAGUUAAGAACUAGACGAAGUGUCAUAAACCUUAGUACAACGUGAAAAGCUUUUAGUUAUGAUAAUAUAGUUAUGUGAAUUUUCUGAAUAAUGCAUGAAAAAAUUACUAUAUUGAUGUUGUGAAGGAUGAAUGGUUGAAGAACAGUUUGUAAUAUACAGUAGACCCAGUUCUAUUCAGUGGUUUUGUGGCUUCCACUAUUGUACAGAGUAACAAUACACACCCAUUCUUCAAUCUAAAGUGCAUUGUGAACUUGCACUUUAGUGCAGGUAGUUGGCUAACAUCAUAAAUUCAAAAUGAAAACAGCUGUGUAACUUGUUCAGUGGCUUUCUUAUGGCCUUAACUCUUUCUUUUAAUCUUGGGGCCAAUUUAUGAAAAUCCUUCAAGGCAUUCCUAACAAUGUUAGAGAUGCUGUUCAUACUCUUACUUCUCACACUGAGUUUUCUGAGCAAAAUCAUAGUUAUAUAUCCUGAUAAUUAAUAUAAUUUUCUUUCUAGAUUUUAGUUGUAUACCUGUGCUUGGUAGCUUUUUCCCAUGGCUCCAACUUCUAAUUUUUAUGCCAUUAUGUGGAAGUCUUUUCGGGCCCUGGUUUGUACCUGUACUGUAGUUUGGUAAAAAAUAAUGCCUUCAGACUAUUUUACACUAGACUUAUUUGCAAGGUACUGUAUUUUGUUACUCUAAUUUUUUCUUAUUAACAGUAUAAUAUGAUAAACUUUAAAAUAAGUCUUAAAAUUUUGACAUUAUUAUAAAAAAAAUUCUUGGUCAUGAAAUACAUCCUGUUUCUUUGGGUAGAAUUUGUAGUUGACUAUAUUUUCAGAAAUUAAGGCUUACUCUGAUGUUUAAACCUAACAAAAUGUAUAUGAUAUAUACUAUACUGUAUAUGUAAUUAUAAUAUUGCCAUAAUAGUAAUAUAUGUAGGUGUUGGUCAUGCAUGUCAGAUAUUUUAUAUUAGAAUGGACUCCUAGUCUGGAGCUCUUCAGUCCUUUCUUAGCAUAUUCGGCAUUAUAAAUAUUUUAGCAAUGAAAAAAUUUACUGUACGAAUAUCCUUUUUACCAAAGUUUUUUGCAUCUUUUGCAUAUACUGUUUAGUACAGUCAUAUUGGCAUCAUCCUUAGUGAUAUUUAGCGCCUUUUGAAUAUCCCACACAUUUGAUAGUGCUACAUAGCCUUCCCGGUUUGGUGCCUUCUUUUGAUAAUUACUUGAUAAUUACGUACUUGCAUAUACAGUAUAUACUAAUCAUCAUUUCUCAUUUCAAAAUACUGUUGUUCAGUAUUUAAGAGUUUACAGGAAGCAAUGGGCAAGUCCACCAUUCAAUGGUGCUAACAGCCCCACAUCUCUUGUUAGAAAGUGGAGAGCAGACUGGUCUGGGAUUCCAUCAUUUUUCUUUAUUCAUCCCUUUAGGAAAGUAGAAAACUCUAAAUCAACCUUAAGUAAAUCACAGACAAAAGGCUAGGAAAGCCUUAGAUUUGAAAACAUUCAUAUCCAAGGUUUCAGAAAUCAUGAAGCGGCAUAUUUGGAUAUGUGACAAGAUAUAAAUUGGUACUGUAAUUUGUUUUCGUCUAAUUUAUUUGAAUUUAGCAAGGUGUUUUCCAUGGUUCUUGCUUCUUGGCCUUUAAUGGUGAGGGUGAUCAGUCUAGGCUUUGCCUCUUGACCUUGAUUUAGUCA